UCAAGAUGGCGGCGCGAGUGCUGCUCCGCGCCGUGGCCAGGGUCCGUGUCCAGCGCCGCCCGCUCGUCCCGCGGCUGGGCGCGUCGGGGACGCAGGGGGUCGGGCGGGGCCUGGCAGGGGCGGCCCGGGCCGGGCUGCAGCUGCCGGCUCCGGCCCAGCGGCCUGCCUGGGUCCGCUGCUACUCGGACGCGCCGACGCUGACCUUGAAGAGCAUCCACGACCAGGUGCUCUACGUGCUGAAGCUCUACGACAAGAUCGACCCCGAGAAGCUGACGGCGGAGUCGCACUUCAUGAAGGACCUGGGGCUGGACAGCCUGGACCAGGUGGAGAUCAUCAUGGCCAUGGAGGACGAGUUCGGGUUUGAAAUUCCAGACGCGGCAGCAGAAAAGCUGAUGAGUCCUCAAGAUAUCAUGGAUUAUAUUGCUGAUACGCAAGACGUGUAUGAAUGAGCUGCUCAAGUGGAGUAUCCCUUCCCUCUUUUGUUUCGAGAGCUGGACGAAGAGAUCGAGAUGGAGGCGCCUGGCAAGCCACCCCCUUUGCUGUUUGGAAUCCCUGUGGCUCUCAAGAGUUUUCUUUGUCCUAUUUAAAGUUGUAAAUGUUGGCCUUCAGAAUAAAUAUGAAAAAUUCUUAUGC